AUGGGAGGAACUCACCCCAAAUCCAAGUUUCCAGAUGUCAUCAAAGAACCAACCCUGCAAACAGCCCUUUCAAAGGAUAACGGGAACAAGGGAAGGAUGUCUGCUCAGGCCACUCUGAAAGUUCUCAUCUGCACAAUAAGCAGUGUGCCCGGCAGCCCUCACCUGGCACUCGCCAGCACCAUAGCCUCCUUCUCGGAGCUCGCCUGCAUCUACUCGGCCCUCAUCCUGCAGGACACAGAGUGUAAUAUCAAUGCCCUCAUUAAAGCAGCCGGUGUAAAUGUUGAACCUUUCUUUUCAGGCUUGUUUGGAAAGGCUUUGGCCAAUGUCAACAUCGGGAGCCUCAUCUGCAAUGUGGGGGCUGGAGGACUUGCCCCAGAAGCUGGUGCUGAUCCCGCAGGAGGUCCUGUCCCCUCCACCACUGCUGCCUCAGCUAAGAAGAAAGUAAAAGCAAGGAAAGAAGAAUCUAGAGAGUCUAAUGAUGACAUGGGCUUUGGUCUUUUUGACUAA